AUGAAAUCCGCUGCCAUAUCGACCACAGAGGCGAGAUCAAAUGAAAUAUCACUGGAGCUCCCGGGCGCGAUAUCUGCAGACUAUGACACUUGUACUGGUCGUAACAGUGAGAGCAUUGCGUAUGAGUAUCCUGAAGGAGGUCUAGCAGCAUGGAUUGUGGUGGCCGGGUCUUCUAUGAUGCUGAUGUGUACCUUUGGCAUGAUGAGCACAAUAGGAGUACUCCAGUCAUACUGGGAGAUACAUCAGCUCCAGGGAUACUCAUCAAGUACGAUUGGAUGGAUAUCAUCGAUCUUUGUCUUUCUCAAUCUAUCGCUGGGUUUUCAAGUUGGUCCCCUUUUUGAUCGGUAUGGACCCCGGUGGAUCAUGCUUGUCGGCUCCGUGCUGUACGCACUGUCCAUCUUCAUAUUAGGAUCUUGUGAGAAGUACUAUCAAUUCCUAUUGUGUCUGGGUAUAUUGGGAGGAGCAAGCAGCGCAUUAGUCUCGACACCAUGCAUGGCUAUUCUUUCGCAUUGGUUUCAUCGACGCCGAGGGACUGCGACUGGCAUUGCAAUGGCUGGCUCCAGCCUCGGUGGAGUAGUCUUCCCUAUAGCUUUGAGACAAGCACUGGAGCGGCUUGGGUGGACAUGGGCACUCCGAAUGCUGGGAUUUGUAUUCGUGGUUCUCCUUGUUAUUGGCAACUUCUGCAUUCGGAGUAGAUUGCCGAUCAAGGCACGGAAAGGAAAUAUCAGUCUGCGAUGCUUUACAGACUCCCGAUUUAUAUGGGCAACACUCGGAGCGUUUUUCAGUGAGAUAGUUCUUUUUGCAUCGCUCGGCCUGAUACCCUCAUAUGCAAUGGCCCAAGGUUUUGAUUCGCAGACCGGGUUCUAUUUAUUGGCUGUUUUCAAUGCGUAG